CAACAGACUAGUCUGUUUUUACUGAACUGAUUUAACUCUCUCCCUCACACACAUUACAUUUGCUCUUGAUAAUAAGGCCACAGAAUCGCAGUGUCGAGUGCCGUCCGCCUCGUGUUCAUGGCUGCCUCCGGAGCAGCUAAUGACGCCGCCGCUGCUACGGGGCUCCGCCUCCGCUACGAUGUCAUCGUCGUGGGCGCGGGCAUCAUGGGAAGCUGCGCGGCGCACGCGGCCGCGUCCCGCGGGGCGCACACCCUGCUCCUGGAGCGCUUCGACCUGCUCCACCAGCUCGGCUCCUCGCACGGCGACUCCCGCAUCAUCCGCGACGCCUAUGUGAAGGCACAGUACCCGCCCAUGGUGCGCCUCGCCCGCCGCCUGUGGGCGGAGGCGGAGGCGGAGUCCGGGUACCGCGUGCUCACCCCUGCCCCGCACCUCUCCAUGGGACCGCGCGGCAACGCCGCGCUCCUCGCUGCCGUCAAGAGCGCUGGCGCAGAGGAGGUGGAUCUAAGCCAGAUGUGGGGAGGCGCGUUCCAGGCACCGGAAGGGUGGUUGACCGCGGUGAGUGAGCACGGCGGCGGCGUGCUGAAUGCGACCAAGUCGGUGGCCAUGUUCCAGGCGCUCGCCGUCAAGAUGGGCGCCGUGGUCAGGGACAACGCCGAGGUCGUGGACAUCAGGAAGGAGCCGGAGGGAGGCGUCGUGGUGAAGACGAGCUCCGGCGAGGAGUUCCGCGGCGCCAAGUGCGUCGUGACGGUGGGCGCCUGGACAAGCAAGCUACUGAGGUCCGUGGCCGGCGUCGAGAUCCCCAUCCAGCCGCUGCACACGCUGACCCUGUACUGGCGCAUCAAGCCCGGUCGCGAGCGCGGCCUGAUGGCCAAGGCUGGCUUCCCGACUUUUUCCAGCUACGGCGACACGCCCGUUUACGGCACGCCUUCGCUUGAGCUCCCGGGCCUGAUCAAGAUCAGCUGCGACGGCGGGCCGCCGUGCGACCCGGAUAACCGCGACUGGGCAUCCGGCGACAGAGAAAUCACCGAGCGGGUGGCUAGGUGGAUCCAGGAGUUCAUGCCGGGCCACGUGGACUCCGCCGGCGCGCCAGUCGUCCGGCAGUCAUGCAUAUGUUCCAUGACGCCAGAUAAGGAUUUCGUGAUCGACUGGCUGGGUGGGGAAUUCGGGGAGGACAUGGUGGUCGGGGCUGGGUUCUCUGGGCACGGCUUCAAGAUGGGGCCGGCGGUGGGGAGGCUCCUAGCUGAGAUGGCCAUCGACGGCGAGGCGAGGACUGCAGUGGAGGCCGGCGUGGAACUCGGUCACUUCAAGAUCAACAGGUUCAACGUUCAAGAUCAACAGGUUAAAGGGUAAAUUAUUAUAUAAAAAGUCUCAAAAAAAGUUUAUUAUUGUAAUAACAGUGGGCUCGGAUCUCAUCUGCCACUUAUUCUACUGGAUCUGUUAUUAGCUAUCGCGUGCUCGACGCAUCGAAAUAACAUAAAUUUAUUGGAUCGACAUGUAACUUGGGAAGCUUUUUAUAUUUGAACACGAAUCCAUAUACAUGUUUUUUUAA